AAAACUAUUGUCGUGGACUUUUCAAUUUGCCAAUCUUGAAUAAUAGUGUGCGGAACAUCCUAGGAUAUAUACUGUAUAUAUAUGGCCCUGAGAAACAUAGUUGAACAAUACUAUUUGGGAGUAACUACAGCACAAGAAUAUUCAUAUAUCUUCUUCUUGUAUCAUACCAAUCAUAAUUUGAAGAUAUGGUUAGAGCUCCAUGUUGCGAAAAGAAGGGAUUGAAGAAAGGUCCAUGGAGCUUAGAGGAAGAUGAAAUCCUCACAUCUUACAUCCAAAAACAUGGACAUAGUAAUUGGCGUGCACUUCCAAAACAUGCAGGUCUAUUAAGAUGUGGAAAGAGUUGUAGAUUGAGAUGGAAUAAUUAUUUAAGUCCUGAUAUUAAGAGAGGAAACUUUACAAACGAAGAAGAACAAAUCAUCAUUCAGAUGCAUCACUUGCUAGGGAACAGAUGGUCAGCAAUAGCAGCAAAGUUACCUGGAAGAACAGACAAUGAAAUCAAAAAUGUAUGGCACACACAUUUGAAAAAGAGGCUAUUGAAAACCAAUAAUAACCAACCCAAUUCAAGUAGCAAAAAAAGAGUAUCAAAAUCAAAAGUUAAAACAUGUGAUUCCAAUUCCAAUUCGAAUUCAAGCACUUUAACUCAAUCAUAUGAACGUUCUAAUGCUCCUAAUUAUUUGCUUGAAAUGGAAACUACAUCAUCAAAUGGCACAUUUUCUAGUGAUUAUUCAUCACAAGAAAAAAAUAUGGACAAUAUCAUCAAUUGUGAAGAUCCUGAAGACUCACUUGUGACAAUGCUUGAAAUUGAUGAAAAUUUUUGGUCAGAGACAAUAACUGAUGAUGAAAUUAGUUCUACCAUGCCAUCAAAUAAUGAAUUACCAAAUCAACAACACCCUUUUAAUAAUAUAGUGGAAAAUUUCCAAAAUUCUUUUGAGGAUGAUGAUGGCAUGGAUUUUUGGUAUGACUUGUUCAUUAGAUCUGGGGAAUCAGCAGAAUUGCCAGAGUUCUAAACUUUUCUUCAGGUGGUGUAAAGGGUAAUAACAAUAUGAUGUAAUAUGGUGAGGGGCUAAAAGGGAAAUACCAACUUUUGUUUGUAAAAUAUACUACUGUGCAAAACAUUAGCUUAGCUAAACUUUUUUCCGGUAACAGGUUAGAUAAUUAGGUUAAAGUUAGUCCAUUGUAAAAGCAAUAAACUAUGAAACUAAUUAUGAGAAGUAUUCAAAAAAAAUAUUCUCACUCCAUUUGUUUGAUUAGUUUAUUGUGUGAUUGAUUUAUAUGUGGGGUGCUCGGUUCCAAAAUAUGAUCGCUUAGAAUGGAUAGGAAGCAUGCACUUAACUUAAUGGAAUUAUAAAUUUAAUUGGUUCUCCGAACCACUUGGUAAAAAGUUAAAAAUAUCUUCUAUUUUCAGAGAUGUAUUUGUUACAAAGCCAAAGGAAACAGUUCAGAAAAGUCUAACUGGGCUUACUAAAACAACACAACAUGGGCCUGUUCGUAAGUCAGAAAGGAAGAUACAAAAGCCCAUUAGAUUUAUCACUUGAAGAAUUCCUGAUUAAGCAUCCAAUAGUACUAGUAUUGAGCUGGAUUUUGGUACUGUAAGCUGUCAACAGCUGUCCUGCAAAAGGAUAAGAACAAACAAUAAUUUAGAAUUUUGUUUUAUUUUUGAAGAAUAAGGACAAGUGUCUCUAGAUCCUUCUACUAGAAUGUAAUUGUGGAUCCCUACUCUAUAAAGGGAAUGACAGAUAAAUGAAAAAGGGCAGAAAAAGUAUAAUAUUCUUAUUCUAAUAUUAUCUCUCUCACCUUAAGACUUUUCCCUAUACAGGGGAAUUUAA